AUGACCACCACCAAAACAAUCCUCAUCACCGGCUUCAACCGCGGUCUCGGCCGCCUCCUCCUCUCCUCCUACUCCAGCGUCCCAACCACACCGUCAUCGCCGCCUCUUCCCGUCCACCCCUCCGGCACGACACGCUUGAUCAUCGUCAAACUCGACCUGAACGUGCGCACCGACCCGGCUGCCGCCGUCAAGGAGCUCGCGGAGAAGCACGACAUCAACACCAUCGACGUGGUCAUUGCCAACGCCUCGACGGGAUACAUAUGGCCGAAGGUCAGGGAGGCCGAGGUGGAUGAUAUUAGGGCGCAUAUGGAGACGAAUGUGUUUGGGUUUGUGGAGUUGGUGAAGGGGCUGUUGCCUGUUUUGGAGAGGACGGCCGCGAAAAAAGGGGAAGGGGAGGGAGAGGAUAAGGAGGUGGUUUGGGUUACGAUUGGAAGUGGAGGGGGGUGGUUGAAUAACCCUGCCGCUGCCGCCGUCCCCAACGCAGCGUACGGUGUUACGAAAGCGGCCCAACAUUACUUGACCAGGAAACUGCAUGACGAGGAGCCGUGGUUGACCUCCUUCUCUAUUGACCCUGGCUGGGUCAGAACCGAGAUGGGAAACGCUGGGGCACGCGUGCUGGGCCUUGAAGAGGCGUAUGGUGACCCGGAGGAAAGUGCUAAGGGCAUGCUGAAGGUCUUUGACGCUGCUACGAGGGAGACGCACAGUGGGAAGAUGUGGACGGCGGAAGGCGAGACUGUUUUGUUUUAG